CCGCCUUUGUUGUGCACAGCGAGGGGCGGGAAGACAAACAGGUCCACAUGUAUAAAGAGAUCAUCCCGGGACCGAGAGGCAGGAGUCUUCCAAGCAUCGUGUCCACACACUUUGGAAACUUUUUGGGGAAUUCAGGAAUUCAAAGCCGCUUUGGACUUUGCCACUUUGUCAUUGAUUUCUGCAAAACAGAGGGGAUUUUUUUUGGUCGUGGGUUGGUGGUUGGUUGGUUGGUUGUUGUUGUUCUUUGCAGCACAGCAGCGCGUUUAAGGGGAGAGUCAUGCAGUCGCCGUCAGCGCACCGCUUCUUGGCUGUGUAUCUCACGCUGUUUGGAUACCUCGGGGACGCUUACGCCGGGACGGUCCUCAUGAACUCCAACGCCAUCAAAAACUUGCCCGGAGCCGCGGGAGGCAAAGGCGCCGACACCGUCAGCCCGAGUCCGCGCACCUCGCCCGCCAGCAGCGCGGGGCACAAAUUGCCCGCAGACACCUUGCAGCAGCCGGGUGUUUGCACUGAUGAUGAAGACUGCGGAGGAGAGGAAUUCUGCAACGACGCACGAGGCGCCUGUUUGCCCUGCCGAAAGAGCCGGAAGCGUUGCGCUCGGGACUCCAUGUGUUGCGCAGGAAACCGCUGCAGCAAUGGUGUUUGCCAGGCAAAUGAUAUAGAUGGUACAGAUGCAUCCAUUAUCACUGACUCGAACAAGCCCAACAACACCCUGGAGCAUCAAGCCAAGAGGACUCCCACAGCUCACGGUCAUCAGCCUCUUACUGUGAAAGGCCAGGAGGGGGAUACUUGCCUGAGAUCGGCCGACUGCUCGGAGGGUCUGUGCUGCGCCAGACACUUCUGGUCCCGCAUCUGCAAGCCCGUGCUGACGGAGGGCCAGGUGUGCACGCGCCACCGCAGGAAAGGCACCCACGGCCUGGAGCUGUUCCAGCGCUGCGACUGUGGCGACGGCCUGGUCUGCCGACAGGAGAAAGGAGAGCGAGACCACAGUGUCAGCAGGACUGCAGCCCGGAACCUACACACCUGUCAGACACGCUGACACAAACGCCUGGACACACACACACACACACACACACACACACACACACACACAAACACACACACACACACUGCAGACCUUGGGUCAGACACUGACAAACACAAUAUUGCAUACACCAGAGAUGCUGAUACAUACUAACACACACACACGCACACACACACACAUAGACACCCAACACCCAAGACAUUCCUUCCUGCCGAAGUUGCUAACUCAAAUACAGUACCCGGAAAGGAUAGACAUGAUUCCUGGAAAAGUGAUACACCCAGAGGGAUGCAUCAGCGCAAGAUUGACUGAUUCAAUUCCUCCAUCAACAGCCGAGGAGUCGGAAGUUAGGCAGUGACAUUUCAGAAGUCUUUGGAGUAUCGAUUCAUGCCGUUGGUAACGGCAGAGCUGUUUUGUUUCUCUUUUUAUGGAACUUCAAGCCUCAGUUAUUGCAGUAAAUUACUGUAUUGUAAAUAUUAUCCUGGAGGUGGCACUUAAUUGCGCUAUUGAAUUCUGUCAACACCAGUAUUAUAGAGACAUGGUGCUGCAUGCAUUGUAAAUGUGUUAUAUAUAUUGUUUUAUAAGAAAAUGUUAUAUAAAGAAAAGCUGGAUAUAUUUGUUUUAUUAAACGCCAUGCGAUAACCUUA